AGUGUCACCAAAAUGUCUUCCAGUGAUGACAAACUGUCUCAAGUGGUGGCCAAUCACUACAACCAGUUGGAGGAGAAGGGUCUGAACGCCCGAAAGGAGAGUCGGAUCUAUUAUUUGCGAAAUUUUAAUAAUUGGAUCAAAAGUGUGACCAUCGCGGAUAUUAUCAAAAGAAUCAGAGAUGACAAGGGAUCCAACUGUGCCAUCAAUGUCCUGGACAUUGGAUGCGGUAAAGGAGGAGAUCUUCUGAAGUACAAGAAGGCAAACAUAACUCAUCUGAUAUGUGCAGACAUUGCCGAGACAUCUGUGAGACAAUGCGAGGGCAGGUAUAAUGAGAUGAAGACUAACAGACGACAACCCAAUUAUAACGAGAGCCCUAUCUUUACGGCUGAAUUCAUAGCCGCCGACUGUACGCGAGAAGUGCUGAAAGACAAAUACAAACAGCGAGACAUCGAUUUGGUUUCCAUUCAGUUCUCAUUUCAUUACUGCUUUGAAAGUCUGUCCCAAACGAGGCGAAUGAUAGAGAAUGCCAGCCAUAGUCUCAGAGACGGAGGAAUAUUCAUCGGAACCACUACUGACUCGCAAGAGAUAAUCAAAAGAUUACGCGCGAGUGGAACCAAUAGUUUCGGAAACAGUGUUUAUAACAUUAAAUUUGAUGACAAAUAUAUUGAUUCAAACUAUAAAAUACCGAUUUUUGGCGCUCAGUAUGACUUCCAUUUGGAAGGAGUGGUCGAUUGUCCCGAAUUUCUGGUCUAUUUCCCUGUUUUUGAGGAGAUUUGCAAAGAAUUUGAUUUAAAAUUGGUUUAUCGAAAAAAUUUCGGCCAAUUGUUCGAUGAAAACAAAGACAAGAGAGAAAACACACAACUCAUGAAUAUUAUGGACGCACUGGAAGUCUAUUCAAAUCAAACCAAGAACUCAUUAGUCGGCGACAGUGAUAAUGACUAUAAACAUGUGAAACAAGAAUUUGAAUCGAGAUCUGAUGACCAGAGAAGACAAUUGGGAACUCUGUCUCAGUCUGAAUGGGAAGUCAUCUCUAUUUAUACGGCUUUUUGUUUCCGCAAAGAGGGCUCUCAUAAGGAACCGACGAAUAAAAGAGAGAAAACAUAA